ACACCCCCGCUGAGACCCUUCCCUCUCGGCCCAGCGUUGCCGGGGAACGCACGUCAUUUUCGCAGAAACUUUAAUUCCUUUUCAAACCCCACAAUAUCUGACACAAUAACGCAGCAAAUCUAGUCCUACAGUCUGUCAGCGACGAUGUUUCUAUUUCCGAAGCGGCAUAGCGAAACGACGUCUCCGGGCGCGCCGCUCUGACGUCACUACACCGCGCCGAUUGUGCGAGCUUUUCCUACACACGGGGCUAUUUGUUUUCCUGUCAGAAGCAGAUGUGUCACUAAUGUAUGUUUCCCCCGAGUCUCUAGCAUGUCUGUGUUCCGCACCGGUGUGCUGAUAUUAACUUCCCCGCUCUCCGCCCUGGCUGUGAGACUAGCGCCCAUUUUAGCCUCCGCCUCCAAAAUCGUGCAAGACACACUGUAUGUUCACUUCCAGCCGGGGCUGCUGCUCACUGGCCCCUCCCAGCCCGGUUCUACCUCCAUUCCCGCCACCUCUGAGGUGUGCAGCCUCAUCUCCAGACUGUACUCGGAUGCUGACAGCCACACACACCUGGACAUCCGGGUCCUGCUGACCAACAUUAAUAACCAGUCUCCCCAGCAGCUGCCUUUGGCUUCAGUCCAGAACCUUUCCCACCCCCCAGAAGUGGUUCUGACAGACUUUCAGAGCAGCGAUGGGGGACAGUACAACCCAGCAAAGCAGCAACUAGAGCGCUAUGCCGCCAACUGCUACAGCUGCCAGCCCAACCUGGCGUCGGUGCUCUUGUAUCCGGAUUAUGGGUCCCCAGGGGAACUAAUUCCUUCAGACUCCGCCGCGGAUACGACCCUAGAAAGUUACAGCGAUGUGGUGGUGGGGGGGACGUUUGAUCGCUUGCACAACGCUCACAAGAUCCUGCUGAGUGUGUGCUGUCUGCUGGCGGAGACGCGGCUUCUGGUCGGAAUGGCGGAUAAAGAAUUGCUGGAGAGCAAGGUCCUAAAGGAGCUGAUUGAGCCGUAUGAGCAGCGGGUGGAGAAACUGUCACAGUUUCUGGUAGACGUGAAACCUUCACUCCUCUAUGACGUCGUGCCCAUCUGUGAUCCUUACGGUCCCUCAAUCACCGACCCGGAUUUGAAAUGCAUCGUGGUUAGCGAGGAAACCCAAAGGGGGGGACUUGCGGUCAACAGGAAACGUCAAGAAAAUGAACUCAGUGAAUUAGCCGUUCAUGAGAUUAAGCUAGUGAAAGAUGCCCGACACGCUGAAAACGAGGAGGAAAAGAUCAGUUCAUCUAGUUUUCGCAAUAGAUUGCUGGGAACGCUUCUCAGGCCUCUAAAGGUAAACAAUAGCAUCCCAGCAAAGCCGUAUGUAAUUGGUCUAACAGGAGGAAGUGGUAGUGGGAAAUCGUCCAUUGCAAAGCGUCUGGAGGACCUGGGAGCUGCCGUGAUAGACUGUGACAAACUGGGGCACCAGUGUUACAUGCCAGGAGGGCCCGCAUAUGAGCAAGUGAUCAAUGAGUUCGGCUCAGAUAUUCUCUGCCCAGAUGGAACAAUUGACAGGAAGGCUAUGGGGAGCAAAGUCUUCACAGACAAGGAGCAGUUAAAGAAACUGACUGACAUUGUAUGGCCUGCUAUAGCCAUGCUUGCUAAGAAAACUAUGGAAGAAGCUGCCUCCCAAGGUAUUUCCGUGUGCGUACUGGAUGCAGCUGUUCUGCUGGAAGCUGGGUGGAACAGUAUGGUCCAUGAGGUGUGGACUGUAAUCAUUCCUGAGAAAGAGGCUGUAACGCGUGUCAUGGGCAGAGAUGGGAUCAGUGAGGAACAGGCUAAAAAGCGACUUGCCAACCAGAUGUCCAGCAGCCAAAGGGUGCAGCUCUCAGACGUGGUUCUUUGCACAAUUUGGGAGCCGGACGUGACCCAGAAGCAGGUCCAGAAGGCCUGGGACCUCCUGCAGCAACGGAUCAAUCAGGAGUCAGAUCGACCCAGGAACAGUCCUGUUUUUAAAUCCAGAUUUUAAUUUUGUAACUUGUGAGUAGCAAUGUAUUACUAAGGGGCCCUCCUGCUGCUGUAGCUCUCAGGGCUUGGUGAAGACACACGGAGCUACUUGUCGUGGCUACUAAAAUAGACAAUGCCGAUCAUUUACUGAUAAUUGUCUCUACGUGUGUUUAGCAGAGGCAAUUCUCAGUAGUGUCUAUGGCAGGGGAUUUUCUGGAGUUCAGUAGCCGUGAAAAAGUGGCCCAGUGUGUCUUCACUCUUAGAAGAGAACUGUGGUAAAAGCUGAAGCCACACAGGGCUGAGAAUUAGCCCCUCUGCUGGCCACAGCCUCCCACCUUGCCUACACCUGGAAGCAAUGUGCUGGCCUGCAGAAAAAUCCUCUAUACCAGUGAUCCCCAACCAGUGGCUCCCCAACCCCUUGGGUGUUGCUCUCAGUGCCCCUUAAACCAGGGAGUUAUUUUUGAAUUCCUGACUUGGGGGCAAGUUUUGGUUGAAUAAAAACAAGAUUUCCUACCAAAUAAAGCCCCCUGUAAGCUGAUAGGGUGCAUAGAGGCCCCUAAUAGCCAAUCACAGCCCUUAUUUGGCUCCUCCAUGAACUGUUACGAUGCUUAUGUAGCUCUCUUUUUACAUUUGACUGUGACUCACGAGUAAGAAAGGUUGGGGAUCGCUGAUCUAAGGGGCCCUGGUGCGACCAGUCCCUCCUCCCCUGGCCCUCUUGUGCCUCCCGGCCCGACCACACCACCAUAUUUAAAGGUAGAAGAAGGGCUGAGGAGGGGGGACUAUGGUACAGUAGACCCUGCAGUCUGAGCUCCCCUAUUGCCUUGGGACCCCCCCACAACCGCAGGGCCUGUUGUAUACAUAGUUACGCCCCUGACCUGGGCGCUGGCACGUGCAGCGGAUAUCAGCUCUGAAAUGCAAACUCUGUGUUUCUUCACUGAUAUCCACUACCUUUGCCUGCAGCCGGGCAGACACAAUGGUUCCAGGUACAGCCAGGGUAGGAGGCCGAUUCCAGCAGUGGCAUCAGCCAAAAUAAAACACUAGUGGGGCGUAGAUGGGCUUAGUUUCCCAUGCAGUUCCAGUUUGUGCUGCUGAGUAGGGAAAUGGAAAUAUAAGUUGCCUUUAUGUGAAAGCUCCCCAUGGUAAUAGAGGGGUAGCGCUCUUGUUCUCAGUGUAAGGCUAGUGCAACACGGGGCAGAUUCUCCGCAGGCUGAGAACCUGCCCCUUUGCUUUAAGGGGAAUAGUCGGGCAGUUUCCGGCUGAAAUAGGCUGUGUGUUCCUGUAUCCGGCCCGGGGCCAUUCUUCCAGCCACAGGCACAACUUUAGGAUUCUUCAUAGGGACGGAUUCUCUCAUUUUUCUUAAUUAAAAUGAAUAAAACAGACCGGCCAUUUCCCCUCUAUUACUUAGAGACAGAGCUGGGACACUAGAAUGGCUAUUGGGUUGGACUAAUCCAAAUAUCAAGCACUUUAAAUAAAUGUUUAAUUCUAAUAUGAACAUUCUAAUAAAUGUUCUUAUCUGUACACCUUA